GUGGCUGCCUCUAGGCUCCAUUGUGACCCCAGGAUUAAUCUGCUGCUUCUCCCCAGCGGGGUGUGUGCGGGGAGAGCCUUUCCCUAGCGCCCCUCUGUGCCUAGCCGGGGAGACUCUCUCCGGGGGCUGGAGGCAGCCCCGGGCUCUGCCGACACCAGCUCCUGAGCCGGAGCCUGCAGAUAACUAAGCUGCAAUCAUACAGGAUUACAGCUAGGGUAUGUAGCGAGUUGCCAUCAGAAGCAGAGCAAUCUGAGCCAGAAUUGCAAGAUGAGAUUGUGUCAUUUCCUUGAGAGACGGGGAAAGAAAAGGACUGGAGCGGAGCUGGUGACCUUUGAGGAUGUGGCUGUGUAUUUCACAAAGGAAGAGUGGGCUUUGCUGGACCUGGGUCAGAGAGCCCUCUACAGGGACGUCAUGCAGGAGAAUUAUGAGACUGUGACCUCACUGGCAAAACCUGACAUGAUCUCCCAGCUGGAACAAGGGGAGGAGCCGUGGGUCCCUGAGCUCCGGGGCUAUGAGGAACGGGAGAUCCUGAGGAAUGGCCACACAGAAGGUGAUGGCAUGAUGAGUGAGAAUGAGGAGGAGAAUCCUCAGCAGGAAGGUCCUGAGCAAGUGGAUCUACAUGGGAUGGUAUUUGGAAGAGCUGGAAAGGACGUUUCCCAGAAUCCUGAGGAGCCAGAUAUCCGUGAGAGGCAGCACAGGCCAGAGAGGCAGCAGGAAAACCACUCAGGGGAGAGUCGGGCUAAAUCCACUCUCAGAAGCAGACAGGUCAAGAAAAUCAAAGGAACUGUUGAACAGAGAAACCCCACUAUAGAGAGACCCUACACUUGUGGGGAUUGUGGGAAAAGCUUCCCUUGGAAAUCAGUCCUUAUUAUUCACCAGAGAAUCCACACAGGAGAGAGACUUUAUAAGUGUCUGCACUGUGGGAUAAGCUUCAGACAGAGUUCAGCCCUUAUUACACAUCAUACAAUCCACACAGGAGAGAAGCCCUAUAAUUGCCCUGACUGUGGGAAAAGCUUCAACUGCAGCUCAACCCUUAUUCAACAUCACAGAAUCCACACGGGAGAGAAACCCUACAAAUGCAGUGAGUGCGGGAAAAGAUUCAGUGUGAGUUCUCACUUUCUGUCACAUCAGGGAACCCACACAGGAGAGAGACCCUAUGAAUGCUCCAAGUGCAGGAGGAGUUUCAGUCAAAGUUCACAGCUUCUAUCACAUCAAAGAACCCACACAGGAGAGAGACCCUAUGAGUGCCCCAUGUGUGGAAAAAACUUCAGUAGGAGCUCAACUCUUAUUACUCACCAGAGAAUCCACACAGGAGAGAGACCCUACAAAUGCAAUGAGUGUGGGAAAAGCUUCAGUGUGAGCUCACACCUGCUAUCGCAUCAGAGAACCCACACAGGAGAGAGACCCUAUGAAUGCCUCCAGUGUGGGAAAAGUUUCAAUCAGAGCUCACACCUUAUUAGACAUGAGAGAAUCCACACAGGAGAGAAACCUUAUAAUUGCCUGAACUGCGGGAAAUGCUUCAGUCACAGCUCAUCUCUUAUUAAACAUCAGAGAAUCCACACAGGAAAGUAAUGAUAUAACUACCUCAACUGUGGGAAAAACUUCAGAGUUCAAAUUUCACUAAUCACCGGAGGAUCAACAUGGGGGGAGACACUGCAAAUGCAGUGAGUGUGGGAAAAGAUUCAGUCAAAGCUCACAGCUUCUAUCCUAUCAGAGAACCCAUACAAAGAAUCUCAUGGGGGAGAAACUCUUUCAAUGUCCUGAGAGUGAGAAAAGUUUCAGAACAACUCAGCCCUUACUACACAAUAGAGAAUCCACA